ACAUUAUCAAAGAAAUAAUUCAUAAUACUCUUCUCAGAGAUUAUUUCUUUCGAUAUCGAAGCAGGUGUUCAAUCACUAUCUGAUAGCAUUAACGUUUGAUAAAACUCCAUACUUUCAACGAGAAAUAACAGUACUACGAGACACAUUUGUACUGUUCAGUCAACGAUCAUGUGGUUACCUACGAAUUCUACAUUUUUUCUUUUAUUCAUUGUACAAAUUCUCUUUCAUUAUGGCAACUCCUUCAAUCAUCCAUUGGAGAAUAAUUACGUCUCAACGAACAAUAUUAAAUGGAGUUGCAAAUCAGACGCGGAAUGUACGGCUAAUGGCAGUGUCUGUAAAGAACAACAAUGUCAAUGUUUACCCGGUUAUGUUUUCAACAAUGAUAUGACUGCCUGUCUACGAGUCGCGAAGGCUUACGGUGAUAAGUGCGAGGAAACAAUACAAUGUUCAAGAUAUCUUUUCAUUGGUGGACAGUGCAUUAAAAAUGCAUGCAUCUGCGCACCCGGAUUCCAUUACCUACAUGGUAGAUGUUACAAGACAGUGGAACUUGCUGGGAAAUGUAAAAGCAACGAUGACUGUUACAUAAACUCUGAAUUUGGGUCGACCGUCUGCGAUAAUGGAAUUUGUAAGUGUCGUGAUGGUUUCUACCAACGCGAAUAUCGUUCCUGUCGUAAAAAAGCAAACAUCGACGAAGAAUGUUUAGCGGAUAUUGAUUGCAAAUUCAACGAAGAUGCUUACUGCGUUAAUUUUAAAUGUACUCUUAACCAAAAGAAAACGAGUUAUAAUAGAACAUCGCAAAUUUCUUUCAAUUCCCGUUAUAGAAAAUUUGCCGAUAAGUACGAAACAAUUACUGAAUGGAAUAAUUGUACUAAAGAUUCAGAUUGCAAGAUCCACGAGAAUGCAAUUUGCGAUACAUCAGGAAAAUGUAUCUGUAAACGCGCUUAUUUUGUACCUUCUACAAAUGCAAAUAAACUAUGUAUUCCAGAACUCGGACAACCUUGUAAAAAUGAUGAUGUACCAAUUAUUAAAAACUCGAUUUGUAAAAAUGAUAUAUGGACUUGUAUAAAUACUAAAGUUGCGUCGAAGAAUAAUCAAGAAUGUCUAAAAGCUACUAGAAAAUAUAAUUCAUCUUGCCAAUACGACGAACACUGUUCCAUCUUUGGUCCUGACGCGAUUUGCAAGAAUAAAAGAUGUUUAUGUAAUAACGAGAGAUCUCAUUUCGUCGAAGAGUUGCAAUUUUGUUGGUCGAAUAGAGGAAUAAACGAGAGAUGUAAAGCGAACGAAGAUUGUUAUGUAGAGGGAUUGAACGGCACGCUCGUUUGUACGACCAACGUUUGCAAUUGCUCCGAAGGCACACAUUUAAACUCUAACGGAACGGCCUGUAUAAAUAGUAACGCAGAAUUGGGAAUGUUCUGUGAAUUCGACGAACACUGUACGACUUUGCAUUCUGUAUGCACAAACAACGUAUGUACUUGCGAUAAAACAUAUUACGAGUUAAAAAAAAAAUGCUAUCCAGGUAUAAAUACAAAGUGCACUUUAGAUAGACACUGUCAACCGACAUUUUCUUUUUGUUCUUCCGGAGUAUGUACCUGCAAAGAAGGUUACGUUAACGCUUCGACGUCUACCUGCUUGCCAAAAGCAAAAUACGGAGAAGAAUGUUCGUACGAUAUUCAAUGUAACGUCGUGACGCCAAAUGCGAUUUGUUCCCGGAAUUCGAACAACUCUUCGUCGAUUAAAUCUUGCGGCUGUGGCAAAGAUCGUUACUUCAGAUACUCCAGCUGUUCAAUAAAGAAACUUCUCGGCGAAUCAUGUACAUCGCGUAGCGAGUGCUACUUAGAUUUCAAUCAGAAUCGAGCAAUUUGCAUGAACGGUCUGUGUACGUGCGACUGGCAAUAUGUUCGGGUCAGUGACACUUUAUGCGACAAGGAUUUGAAAAGGCAAAGUGUUGUUAUACCAAACGGUGCUAUCGAAACGUUCUCAAGGUCGUGCUUACCGAUCCUGUCGAUCAGUCUGAUACUCCUCGACCUAAUUCGAUGAGCUUGAUCGUUCCUCGAGGAGCCUUCAAUUAUUCAAGCACGAAGUGCGAGAGCGUGUUAACGUUGAUCGACGAGGGACUUACAAGCGAAUUAGCCGAUAGAAUCGAUAGCCAUAGAGACCAUCUCAACUUUGGACAAUCGUUUUGUUCCGCGAUGCGAUUAGUGAUAGAAACAAAAGUAUUAUAAAUAAAAAAUAAAUGACUAUUUUGUAAUUUUAUAUUUGUAAAGUAUGAGAUACUGUGAAAUAAAAUAUACAAGCGAAAA